CUGUCAUCUUGAAUUUUAAAAUGAGUCCGGUUUUAACAAAGGGCUAUAUGCACAGGUACGUGCUGCUCUUUAUUGUUUUCCUAAUCGUUCGCAAAAUAUCAAGCGCAGUUACCCAUUAUACCUUGCCUGAAGAGAUGAAAGAAGGGACAGUUGUGGCAAACCUCGCUACCGACCUCGGCCUCGACGUAACGACUCUAACAAAGAGAAAGAUGCGCCUUGACAUAAUCGCUAACAAAAAAUAUUUGGACGUGAACAAAGAGACUGGCGAGCUGUAUAUCGUUGAGAAGAUUGACAGGGAGCAUAUUUGCAAUACAAAGUCGUCUUCCUCGUGUUAUCUAAGACUCGAAAUAACGCUUGAAAACCCAUUACGGAUAUUCAACAUAGAGCUAGAAGUGUUAGAUAUGAACGACAACGCCCCGCAUUUUCGGAGAGACGCCAUUCAUCUAGAUAUAUCCGAAGCGACACCAAAGGGAGAAAGGUUUUCACUUAGUAAUGCGGUGGAUCCUGACGUUGGAACAAAUUCCGUGAAAACGUAUUAUUUAAGUGAAAGUGAAUAUUUUAACAUCGAAAUACAAACAGGAAGAGAUGGCUCAAAAUUCGCUGAUUUGAUUCUAAUAAAGACAUUAGAUCGUGAAAAGAAGGAGAAUCAUAAUUUAAUACUCACAGCUGUAGAUGGAGGAACACCUGCUCGAUCUGGAACGGUCAAUAUUUUCGUCCAUGUUUUAGAUACAAACGACAAUGCACCUACAUUUGAUAAAGCAGCAUACAAUGUCAAAAUAAUGGAAAAUUCUCCAAUUGGAAGCCUCGUUAUUAAUUUAAAGGCUUCGGAUUUAGAUGACGGAUCAAAUUCUGAUAUUUCAUACUCAUACAGUUUAUAUACAUCAGAGAAAACACAAGAAACAUUUAAUCUUAAUCCAGCCACAGGAGAAAUUACUGUAAAAGGAAUGUUGAAUUAUGAAGAUUUUAGGAUUUAUGACAUGUAAGUCAUAGCAACAGAUAAAGGAGCCAA